AUGAUUCCCAGCAGCUCUCAGUUUUUUGAAGAUGAAUCGUUCUCUCUGCGCUGUGAGGAGGACGACGGCUCCACUGGAUGGACGCUGUGGAGGACCUCAAUGGAAGGGAAGAUGGCUCAGUGUGGAGUUGACUGGGGAAGAUCAGCUGGUUCCUUCUGUAACAACAGUCUAACAGCACGCUGGGAUACUGGAGUUUACUGGUGUGAGUCCAGAGAGGGAGCAACCAGUAACAGCAUCAACAUCACUGUCACAGGUGGACCAGUGAUCCUGCAGAGUCCUGCCCUCCCUGUGAUGGAGGGAGAUGAUGUCACUCUGCACUGUAAAUCAUGGGCCUCCAACCUCCCAGCUGGUUUCUAUAAAGAUGGCUCCCUCAUCAGGACUGAGCCUGCAGGUCACAUGACCAUCCACCGUGUUUCCAAGUCUGAUGAAGGCCUCUACAAGUGUCACAGCAGCAGUCAUGGAGAGUCUCCAUCCAGCUGGAUCAUUGUCACAGAAAAACCUACAACCACAGCCCCGCCCCCUGUAUCUGGAGCCCCGCCCCCUGUCUCAGCUCCCCCCCAGCUUGUGUUCACACUGGUCCGCCACCUAGUAGUGAUCUGUCCGUACUUCAUCUCCACUCUCCUCAUGGUGUCUUUAUAUCGACACAGACCCACAGGAAAUAAACUACCUGUCUCCAUGGCAACACCCCUGCAUGACCAGGCUGCAGAGAUAUUGGAUGAGGAUUACAAUGACGUCAUGGAAGUCACCACCGAGCAUCAGUUCUGA